CAACACAACCAAGAUGGUGAGAACACCUUCCUGUGAAAAAAGUGAACUGAAGAAAGGAACUUGGACUCCAGAGGAAGACAGGAAGUUAAUGGCUUAUAUCACUAGGUAUGGUUGCUGGAAUUGGAGGCAACUCCCAAGGUUUGCAGGUCUGGCUAGGUGUGGAAAGAGUUGCAGGCUGAGGUGGAUGAAUUAUCUCAGACCCAACAUCAAAAGAGGGAACUACACUCGAGAAGAAGAAGAUACUAUUAUCAGACUGCACGAGAAGUUGGGUAACAGGUGGUCGAUUAUAGCCUCUCAUUUACCAGGAAGAACAGAUAAUGAGAUAAAGAACCACUGGCACACAAACCUCAAGAAGCGCUUUCGAAAGAACGAAGUAACACUAACGAAAUCAAUUGAUUCUGGGUCCAAUCAAGACAGGGACACGUUUCAAAACGAUGAUUCCGUAACCUCAGAUCAUACCACUGCUACCACAAACGAAAAUUUGUUAAAGGAUCAAGAUGACUUCGAUUUUGUGGAUGCGUACACAGAGACCGUGAACGAAAAUAUCUGGACAGAGACGUAUAUGGAUGACAUUUCCUAUGCCCCAAUUGAGAUAAUGCAAAACAUUGUUAAUGGUAGUUCUCAAGGUUCAGACACUACAGAGACCCUGAAUGCUUGUGCUUUGUCUCCACAGUCAUUUUCUAGCGAAAGUUUAGUUAAGGAGAAUGACCACUUUGCCUUUCUAGAAGCAACACAACCAACGUCUGAAAAUUUUUGGACAGAGCCUUAUGUGGUUGACUUGUCUCAUGUUCCAAACGAACUACUUGCACCGUUGGCGACAGAGUCUGAUGAUUAUUUUUCUCCAUUGUACGAUGCAGAUCUUUGGAAUCAAAGUAAUUUGCAUGAUUCACAAAAUAGCUUUUUCCAAUGAAUAAAGUGGCCUUU